AUGAUUUCCCUCACCUUUCUCGCGACUUUGGCUCUCCUGACCAUUGUAGUCUUCUCCCAAGGAACCAAUGACGGCGCCAUCGCACCAAUCACCGAGAACAACCCUUCGCGCGUUACUUUUCAAGGUGUCUUCCAGUCCGGCAAGCCCGUGCAGGGUCAAAUCACCGGGGUGUCCAACGACAACGGCACUGGAGUCAGUUUCUCGGUCAAUUUCUUCAGUUUCCCAGACGUUGGUCUUGGGCCGUUCAAUUACCAUAUCCACGAAUACCCCAUCCCUCCCUCAGGAAACUGCACCGCCGCAGGUGGACACCUCUCGCCAUUCGGUCGCAGCGACACUCCACCAUGCGAUCCAGUAAAUCCUCAGACCUGCCAACCAGGUGAUCUGAGCGGCAAGCAUGGCAACAUCUCUCAACUCGCAUACGCUGGUGCUCCUGAUGGCUCCGAGAACAGCCCUCGGGCCACGAAUACUUUCCAGGCUAUGUACCUGGAAUUAUACCUGAGCACGGACCCCAACAACGCGGCUUUCUUUGGCAAUCGAUCAGUGGUAGUCCAUGCUGCGAAUGGCACAAGACUGAACUGCGCAAAUUUCACGCAGAUGAUGCCGACAGAGACAUUUGGAGGCACUGGAAGCGGGAAUACGACAAGCAGUGGGAGCAGUACAUCUACACAAAGUGCCGCGAGCAAUGGCUCGGCCAGCGUUAUGGCACCGGCUUCUGUGGCUUUGAUGCUGCUUGUCGGUGCACUAGUCGGGGGACUGUGA